GCCGCCCCGCCCCAGCCCCGGCGCGCGCUCCUCCUCCCUCCUCCCCCCAGUCCGCGCAUCCGGCACGCACGCACGGCACACUCGCCUCCCCAUUCCUUCCCCCCUCCCCCCUCCCCCCUCUCCUCCUCUUCAAAGACCACCACUCCUCCCUCCCUCCCCCGACGCCCACCCCGAGGCCAGGCCAGGGAUCCCGAAUGCAAUCGCGGGCCGCAGUCGCCUAGCCGCCGCGAGGGCUCCACAGCGCGAUCGAGGAGGGAGGGGGCUCCGCAGGCGAGGGCUAGCUGCGUGGCGCGUGCGCCGGGGUUGGAUGAGAAGGGCGAGGGCGGCGGCGGCGGAGGAGGAUGCGGAAGGCGUACAGGGACUCCCUCAAGGUGCUCGAAGCUGACAUCCAGCACGCCAACACCCUGGCGACUGAAUUUCCGCGGGAGUACGAUGGGGCGUGCCUGCAGAUGCGGCUGUCGUUUAGCCCCGCCGCGCACAUAUUCCUCUUCCUGGUGCAGUGGACGGACUGCAGCCUCGCUGGGGCUCUCGGAUUGAUGAGGAUCCUCAUAUACAAGGUCUACGUCGAUGGCACAACCACCAUGUCGACCCAUGAGAGGAAAGCCAGCAUCAAGGAAUUCUAUGCUGUAAUAUUUCCUUCUUUGCUGCAACUGCAAAGAGGGAUCACUGAUAUGGAGGACAAGAAGCAGAAGGCCGUGUGUAUGGAGAGGUACAGAAGGAGAGAUGAAGACGAAACAAGCAGCUUAUCUGAUGUUGAUGCUGAGAGGGAGGAGGAAUGUGGGAUCUGCAUGGAGAUGAACAGCAAAGUUGUGUUGCCCAACUGCACACAUGCGAUGUGUCUCAGAUGCUAUCAGGACUGGAACUCGAGGUCACAGUCCUGCCCAUUCUGCCGCGACAACUUGAAGAAGACUGACCCUGGUGACUUGUGGAUUUACGUCGAGGACGACGACGUGGUCGACAUGGAGACGGUAUCAAGAGAGAACCUCAGACGGCUGUUCAUGUACAUAAACAAGCUCCCUCUGAUCGUGCCUGAUGUCAUCUUCAGUGUCUACGAUUCCCACAUAAAAUGAAUGGUGCGGCACUCCCCUUAUCAAGGUCCUCAGCCAAGUGCCCAGCUCCUUUUAAUCUAUUUGGGAAGCUCCCCCAAGCUCUCUGGUUUCCAUGCCUGUACCCAAGCCCUUCGAAGUGCCUGAACUGUCGCAUUUGUAGUCGCAAACCUUUUGUUUGUGCUUUAGAUCUUAUUUAGUGCGUACCUGCAUGCUUAAGCUAAGCAUAUCCAGCCAGUUUGUAUAUAUCUCACAUGGCUCUGUUAGUAGAGAACUGUAGCUGGCCCCAAAUGGAGGCGGUGCUGUUUAAUAUCCUCCCAUGUUUCCCCCCUUUGUAUAACUGUCUUCAGGUUUGAGCACUGAAGCUGGUACUUGUUUCUUAAGAUUAUUCUUCGCAGUUUGCAUCUGUAA